UCUCCUACACAGCUGCAACUGACAGUCACCUCCCCAGCACAAAUGGCUCUCAACGACCGUUCACACCUCGUCAUGACAAGCUUUAUCUUACCUUGCGAUGUCGAUUGGAACGGUAAACGCCAAGGUAGUUUUGACACCUACCAAACGACAGACAGAUACUCCAACAAUACUCCAAUCAAUGUGAAUCUCUUUCAUGACGUUUGUUCAACCUACGGAACAUGUCUUGACUUUUAGGGGCCUAUAAGCAAAUCCAAUGGCAAUAAAUCGUCAGUCGGAUCACAUACUUUGCCUCCAUCCACACGAGUUGCUUCCGUUAAGGUUAGGACCAUCGGAAAUCGUUCCGUCCUUACAUACAUAUCACGGCAUGCGGCCAUUAGGCUCUAUUAGACGAGAUCAUCUAUUCAUCACACAGCUUCUCCAUACGCCUAUAUAUGUUGAAACCCCCAGCAGCCCCGCAUUAUCGCACCUAAGUAGUAACCUUUCACGAUGGAAGCUGUAUCCACGGCUGGCUUAUUGGUCUCCCGCUCUCUGGCUACAACAUCGUAUGGCGUCUUUUACAUGACUUCAUUGAUCUGUGUGGCCUUUUGGGCUAUGCUGUGUUUGCAAACGUUUUGGUACUUUGGAAGCUACGAAAGCGAUAGAAAAUUCUUCAAAUUUCUGGUUGUAUUCUUAUGGGCGAUCAGCACGGCGCAGACCUAUGUUAUCGUCUAUGGAGCAUGGGCCUACACGAUCGACCAUUUCGGCGACUAUACAUUUUUGUUGCACAUUGUUUCUCCAUAUGCUGCGCAGUUUAUUUUUGCAGCUACAGCCACAGUAACAGUCCAGGCAUUCUUUGUCUUCAGAAUAUGUCAGCUCAGCAGAAAUAAAAUGUGGAUGGUGGUUGCUGUGUGGGCUCCGUUGGCGAUUUUUCAGAUUGUUUCUGCAUUCAUUAUCGUCAUCAAAACUUGUAUAGCUGACUACUCUCCAUACAUCUGGGCGCCAUUGCCAAAGGACCUUGCGAUAGCCUACCUCGCAGUUUCCCUCUUCGUCGACAUAGCUAUUGCAGUGGUUUUGCUUGAGCUAUUACGGCGGCACAAGGAGCAAAGCAAAGUUCGAAGCACGUUAAAAAUUAUUCAGCGACUCAUGCUUCUGGCCGUCUUAAAUAUGCUCUGGACAACGGCGUUUGCUAUUUGCGAUUUGGUCACAUUCUUGUCCCUCCAUGACACCUUCUACAUUCUCUUUGAUAUGCCAAUCUGCUCCUUGUACUGCAACACCCUCCUUGCAAACCUUAACAUGAGGGCUUCCCUUGCAGAGAGGCAAUCGGCGAUAGACAUGAACUUGACGACAUUUGAAGUUGGACCCCGGCCCGUGGCUUUGACGCUAAAAAAUGAUCCUACGGCCUCUGCGCAAAGUGGCUCGCGUCAGAGCUCGGAACUGGCAGCAUGAUAGCGGACUACCAUAUUCUUGAGUCGGUUAUUUAUGGUGUUGUCUGUGCCUUUGAUUGUACGCGACCCGUUAGUGGUCGAUUCUGCGGACGUGUUGGGUUGCAGGGUGUAUGGUAGUUUUUGGGCGCUGCUAGAGGGCAAUACCCCACCUAAUAGGAUAAAUCAAGUAUCAGUCGAAUUGCUAUGAAUACAGACGACCUAUGUAUGCUCAUCACGAUCAAUGGAAGACGCGUACAUGAACCAGCUGGGU